AUGUGGGUUGAAUGGUUUAUUCGAUGUUCAAAAUCGAUUAGUAAAUGGCCGUUAAAACUUUUUUAUGAUGAAUGUAAACGACAUCGUUAUAUGCUUUCAUUCAGUCCACUUUUAUUUAUUAAUAAUCGAAGAAUUGAUAAUAUUUCAUUAAAUAAAUAUGAUUGGAACGACAAUGAAAGAAAAUAUUAUAGAAAUAAAUAUCAUACACAAUCAACUUUAUUUGCUUCAUCAAUUAUUGGUGCUUUAACAAGUGCAGCUGUUGUGUUCUCGUGGAAAAAUGAUGGAGUCACUGAUGAAGAAUUACAACAAGCAAGUUGUGAUGAAUAUUUACUUAAUAUGACGCAUAGUCAAGUUGAUGAAGUUUUAAUUACACUUGGAUGGGAAAAAAUUCUUCGAAAAGAGCACUUAUUACUUUAUCGUAAAUAUGAUCAUGAUUUACAAGUUUAUUCAUAUAAAAUUUUCGGUACAUUUAAUGAUAUAUCUGCAUUAGUUUUUCUUCAAGUACAACUCGAUCUUGACUAUCGAAUGAAAUGGGAUGAUCAUGCUUUACGUUUAUCUAUAAUUGAUACAGAUGACGAUACUCAAAGUGACAUUGUUCAUUGGAUACAAAAAUUUCCGUUUCCAUUAAAUCAUCGUGAUUAUCUUUAUGUUAGACGUUAUUGUCUUGAUAUAUCAAUAGAGACCUCACCGAAAAUUAUUAUUAAAUGUCAUUCAAUUAAUCAUCCUAAUGUUCACAAUGAUAAAAAAUGUGUACGAGUUAAUAAAUAUGAAUCAACAAUGAUUAUUCAAUCAAAACAUAAACUUGAUGAAAAAGGAAUGAAAUUUUUAUUAACAUAUCAUGAGGAUGCAAAAGCAUCGAUACCUACAUCAACUUACUCAUAUUUAGCUCAAAGUGGAAUUCCCGAUUUUGUAGAAAGACUACAUCUUGCAGCUAAAAAACUUCCAAAAUCCUCUGGAUUAAGUGGUAAUCCGUAUUUGUUUGCUAAUGAAUUCACAAAUGUUUGGGUUGGCAUUCCAUAUGCAACUCCACCUGUUGGCGCAUUUCGAUGGCAAAAGGCUCAACCAUAUGUUGUGAAUAAUAGUCAAAACAAUACAAUACAACAUGCAACUCAUUAUGGCCCAUCUUGUCUACAAAUUAAUCGAAAUGGCUUUACUCCGGGUCCAUUUGAUGAGGACUGUUUGUAUCUAAAUGUAUGGGCCCCUCGUAAACCGCCAGCUUUGUCAACCGGUUAUCCUGUAAUAUUAUGGAUUCAUGGUGGGGGAUUUAUUGAAGGAAGUGCAACACAAGUAAUUUAUGAUGGACUCAGUUGGACGAAUGCCGCUAUACAAGAAAAUAACGCGUUUAUAAUGGUUAGCAUGAACUAUCGACUAAAUGUGAUGGGAUUUUUCGCUCAACCAGCUUUGUUAGAUGAGCAUAAUCAGACUACAGCUAAUCAAGGUAUUACUGAUCAACGUAUGGCAAUGAUAUGGAUUCAGGAUAAUAUUGUACAGUUUGGAGGUGAUAAAAAUUCGAUUACUCUUAUGGGUGAAUCGGCAGGAUCACAUUCAGUUUGUAUUCAUAUAGUAUUGCCACUAUCUGCUGGUUUAUUUCAUGCUGGUAUCUUAGACAGUGGAUCCUGCGAUACUUUAUCCUAUUUGCGGGACAAAUCAUUUGCUUAUUCAACAACAAAAGAUCUUGCAUUGCUUGUUGGCUGUAAUAUGACUAGCGCAGUUCAACAACUAGCUUGUUUACGAGCGGUCAAUAGUUCUUUAUUAGUAGAUACUAUAGCCAAUGUGUCUAUUCCAUCGUCGACAUCAUUAGCAUUUAAAGAUCAAGAGAAAGUUGGUGGUACUUUCCCAUUCACCAUAAUCGUUGAUGACAUGGAAAUACCUGUUCAUCCACUGAAAGCUUUCUUAUCAGGAGCAAUUAAUCAGGUACCCAUAUUAACGGGAGCAAAUCAUGAUGAAUUUCUUUUGCGCACCUUAUAUGAAGAUUAUUUUCAUCCACCAACCAGUACUGGAGAUUACUUGACUCGCAUUCUACCAAUUAUAACCCGAUUCAACGGACAUGGGUUGACAAUACCAAACUUAAUCAUAUGGCCUGGUGCAUAUCAUACAGCUGAACUAUUUAGUUUGUUUCAAACACUAGCUGUUUCACUUUACGGAGAUGAUAUUUUCGAACCCGAUGAACUACACUUGGCUACAGCUCUUCGUCGAUAUUGGACAAACAUGAUUACAAAAGGUCAGCCUAAUAAUAAUGUUAGUUUAACAUGGCCUCAAUAUUCAUCCAACACUGAUCAAGUCCUAAUACUUGAUAAAAACAUGUCCACUACGAACUUCAUUGGAAUUUAUCCUAAUUGUAAUCUCUUAUCAAAUGUACAAGUCAAAGUUUUUGGCGAAUACCUUGGUUUCAAUGCUACAUGUACAGUAGACAACCAAUGCUUUAUUGUUAAUUCUACUAAAACUGCUAGUUCAACUGAAACCACUAGCUCAACUACAAUGUCUGGUUCAACUUAUACUUAG